AUCCCACUCUCACCGUUUUACAGAGAAAGAGAGAGAGAGAGAGUCUGAAAGAGUACGUUUUCAGUAAGCCUGAAUUUGCUUUAUCCACCACCACCACCACUAGUGCUUCCAUUUCUCAGUCCACAUUACUUUUUCACUCUAUUUCUAAGUUUCACGGCGGCAGCGAAUGUGCGUGUGAGAUCUGUAGGGCGGGUUAGAUUUUAAUCGAUGGGGAGUGUGUCGUCCGACGACGGCUCCGACCAGCAGAGCGAUCGGUGUGGGAGCUACAGCCUCAGCGCCGACGUGAGUGAGUCCGAGAGCUGUAGUAGCUUCUCGUGCCGUAGAUUUGAUGCGGAAGGCGCUUCCAGCUCAAUGACGUCAUCUCCGAGGCCGGCUGCCGGGAGUUUCUGCGUUCAGGCGCCGGUGAUGCUGCCGGUGAUUGGAGGAAAGGAUGUGGUGGCUUGGGAUGAGAAGCCUGAGAAACGAAACGCCGAUUUAUCAGAGGUUGAAAUGAUGAAGGAGAGGUUCGCUAAGCUUCUGCUGGGAGAAGACAUGUCUGGAGGAGGAAAAGGGGUCUGCACUGCCCUUGCUAUCUCAAAUGCCAUCACCAAUCUCUCUGCUACUGUGUUUGGUGAGCUAUGGAGGUUAGAGCCACUAGCACCACAGAAGAGGGCAAUGUGGCGCCGGGAAAUGGAGUGGCUCUUAUGUGUGAGUGAUUCAAUUGUCGAGCUUGUACCUUCAAUACAGCAGUUCCCUGGUGGAGGCACAUAUGAAGUGAUGGCGAUGCGGCCACGCUCUGACUUGUAUGUGAAUCUCCCUGCCAUAAAGAAGCUCGACGCAAUGCUGCUCAGUAUACUUGAUGGGUUCUGUGAUACUGAGUUUUGGUAUGUUGACCGGGGGAUAAUUUUGGGCGAUUCUAAUGAAAAUGAGGGGUUCAUGUCUAGUGGAAGGCCUUCAAUUAGGCAGGAGGAGAAGUGGUGGCUGCCAUACCCAAAAGUUCCGCCAAAUGCAUUGUCUGCUGAUGCAAGGAAGAAGUUGCAGCAGUGUAGGGACUGCUGCAACCAGAUACUGAAGGCGGCCAUGGCAAUUAAUAGUAGUGUGCUCGCCGAGAUGGAAAUCCCCAGGGCAUACAUGGAGUCACUGCCCAAGAACGGGAAAGAGUGCCUGGGUGAUAUCAUUUAUCGCUACAUAACUGCUGAUAAGUUUUCACCUGAAUGCCUUCUGGAUUGCCUGGACUUGUCAUCAGAGCAUCAAACUCUGGAGAUUGCCAACAGGAUUGAGGCAGCUGUGCAUGUUUGGAAGCAGAAAGACCAUAAGAAACAAAAUAAUCAUGUGAAAGCUAAAAGGUCAUCUUGGGGUGGUAAGGUCAAGGGCCUUGUUUCUGACACUGAAAAAAAUCAUUUUCUAGCUCAACGAGCAGAGACCCUUUUGCAAAGUCUAAGGCAUCGUUUCCCUGGUCUCCCACAAACUUCUCUGGACAUGAACAAAAUACAGUAUAACAAGGAUGUGGGGCAAUCAAUUCUUGAAAGCUACUCGAGGGUCAUGGAGAGCUUGGCCUUUAACAUUAUGGCAAGGAUCGAUGAUGUCCUCUUCGUAGAUGAUGCUACCAAGCGAUGCGCGGCAGCAGAAUCAGUUUCUCUCUUCAGCAGGGGAGGUUUGGGUGGUGUUCCUAUCCAGAAGAGGAUGUCACCUAGCCCCUUUUCCAUUCAACAGACUCCUUAUGCCUCCCCACUAGCAACUCCAACCUUCUGUUCCUCCACUCCUGUUAUUGGAAGUCCAGGUAGGACACCUCUUUGUGUAAAGCGGAACGUCGUGAAAGAGGCACCUGACGUGAAAUCAGAAAAAAUAAACGCGGAUGAAUUUGAGAGGGUGUGGUCAUAUGCUGGGAACAUCAGCUCUAGAAGAUCUACCGGAGAUGCUCCUGAGCGGGAUUGAGCAAGAUAAUGUUAGGUCACUUCUAGUUGAAGUAGUUCAAUAUUACAAAAGAAGUUGAUGAGCUGGCUGGGUCUAGUAUUGUACAUUCCUUAUUAGCAAUAGAAUAGGCUGGCCAAUAGUAGUUUUGAUCAAGUAUUAGAUGGAAGAAGGAUUAAAAUUUAAUUGUAUUUCAAUGCUGGUUUUAGAAGCUCACCACCAUUGUCAGAGUCUUUCUGGCAAGUAAUUAAUUUAGAUUCUGCA